UAGCCGAUCUUGCAUCUGCUUAGCGUAUAUAACGUAGCACUGUCGAAUUCUUCCACACAAGAUUGUUGUAAAGUGACGGUUCUUUUCAAUAAAGCAUGGAAACCACCAAUUCUAAAAUUACUCUUGCUUUGGUUGGCAAAAUUGGAAAUGGUAAAAGUUCAACAGGGAACACUCUUUUAGGACGAGGCUGUUUUAAAAAAAAAAGUUCGACAACAGCAUGCACAUUUCUGACCAAGCCUGGUUUUGCAAUUCGUGGAAAUCUAGAAAUUAAAGUUGUUGACAGUCCUGGGUUUAUGGAUCCUGACGAGGAAAAUGAAAUUUUGAACGUCGAAACUCAAAUUCCUGGAAUUAUGAGUGUGUGCCCAGAAGGUAUUCAUGCGCUGUUGUUGGUUUUGAAGUAUGGGAACAGAUGCACAACAGAAGACAUAAAAACGGUAGUUAAAAUAAAGCAAAUUUUUGGAGUAAAUAUAAUUAAAGAUCAUGGAAUCAUUAUUUUUUCUCACGGAGAAAACUUUGACAUGGAUACUGAAGAUCGCGAAGAAAGUGAUGAUAUGCCAAAUAAUUUUGGAACGUGGUGUAACCAACAAACCGGUCCAAUACGUGAUCUAUUUAAAGAAUGUGGUAAUAGGGUUGUCCUGUUUUAUAACAGUCACUCAAAACUGUAUGCCGAAAAGAAAAAAAUAGCCGUGGAACAACUCUUGAACAUUGCAGUUGAGAUGAGUAAAAAAGGCGUGUACACUAAUGAUAAAUUUAAACAAUGUGCAUUGGAACGAGAAAGAUUUCUUUCAGAACAUAAGUUACUGGUAUUGAAUAUCGAGUUUCAGCGUGAAAGUGACUUACUGAGUCAAGAUUUUUACCGAUUUAUAAAGUCUAAUAACUUGACGGAGGUAGAUCUGAAUCUUCUAAAAAAUCGCGUUAGUGAUUUGUUAAAGAGAAUUAACAGCUCUUCACAUAGUGACUCGCUUGGAGAUUUAAAAGAAAGUGUUCAGAGUAUUGAAACUUCAUUAAAAAACAUAAAUUUGCAAGAGCCUAUAGCACCGCAAUUGCACCCUCUUUUGAAAUUAUUAGAAGCCGUAAGGAAUCCACCAAUGUCUGUAGCACUCGGUGCUACAAUUUUAGGCUGCCUACUUUUAGCAUCUGGUGUAGUGUUAACAGUAGCAACAGGGGGAGCUGGAGCAGCUGUUGGAGCCAUAGUAAUAGAAUCAGCAACUACUGCCGCUGUGAUACAGACUAUCACAGCAACAGCUACACGUUUAGGUUGCACAUCACUUGCUGCAGGAGUUAUUGCAUUCGUCGGGAAAAUUAUUAAUAAGUUUAAGCAAUAA